UCGUCGCAGUUCUCUAUACAUUCAAUUAGCAUUCGUUCACUGCUGACUGUCCAGACGUCGAGAGGGCAGACACAUCAGCGCAUCUUGAUGAGCCUCGUCAACCCAAUGAGAAGCAUCUAGUCGAGCCGACCUGAUCCCUUUACUUCGAACCUCUCUCUGCUGGGUAGAGUCACCCCCGUCUCCCCUUUCCUGUGUUGAGCGCAUCAUUCCAUCAGUCAACUCGCCAUCAUGCCAUCCACAACGGAGGAUCAUCCCUUGCAUGGCAUGUCAUUAACAGAGCUUCAGAGCCUCGCCAAGGAUCUUCCAGAUGUACUGGAUCUAUCGCCCAAAGAAUGGUUCGAGAAAGCACGCCAUGCCGCUGAUAAAGCCGUCCUAGCUGAACGUUGGAAGCGGAAGGAGGAGAUGUUCGUGGAAUACAUCAGAGCUUGUCAGUGUUAUCAGAACACUAGGGUACAUCCAAAGUAUGCAGAGGAAAAGAAGAAGGAUCUGCAUUGGACCAACAGGGUCAAAGAAUUCCAGGAGAUGUACGAAUCCUUCCUUCAGAGGGCCAAGGAGGUGAAAGACGCUUUGAAAGAUAAGGAGUCACAUCAGCCAAAUGGGGCUUCCCAUGUAGGGUCGUCUCACACCGAUCGACCGAAUAUGCCCGAUACACAAUCGAACAAUGGACCAGACACAAAGACAAUCGGCAGUAUAGCAGACCGAAUGAGAGCAUUACAAGGAGCUGGCAUGGAGUCUGGUCCAUCAAAUCUAAGAGGCUCAACGCAGCGUGGCAUCCCCGAUUCGAAAUCCAGUACGGGAGGCUCAACGGUCACCGCUGGUGUCGGUGCUCACGGCCUAGCAAGGAGAGCGGGACAAGUCGAUGGCCCUCAAGCUAAAUCUACAAGCUCCACCGGUCAGUCAGAGAAUCAUAGACCGAAGCCGAUUGUCCCACCAAAGCCGCAGGCACUAAAGCAACAUGGUUCACCGGCGGCGGACCAGCAGAAUCAUCCUCAAAACAGUGCCACCUCUUCUUCUGCUACACAGGGUCAGACGAGACAAUAUCGCUCAGCAACUUCUCCUACACAGCCAGAGUCUCCGAGCUUCCAACGCCCAACAUUACAAUCGCACCACUCUGGACCCACUCAUUCUCAUCGCAGUGUCUCUCCAUCCAGGUCCCAAGGGCCAACCACACCUUCCUCGCCUCACCGCUCCAUGAAGUCCCCGCUAGCUUCGCCCACAAAAGUCGUAUCAACACCGCCACCGCAUGCUUCUCGCUCCCAUUCGACCGACGAAGUGAACGAUUUCGAAAAGGCAUUCCCGUCACUCAGCGAUUUCGGUAAGCAAUUCGAGUUGUCCGACGAGCCACCGCCAAUCAUGGGGACGAUUUUCGAGGACAGUGAAGCGCCUCAUGGUCGCUCGAAUCGGUCGGGCAGCAUACCUGGGCCCAAACCUGGCGGUCCAAGGGAGCCUAGGAAAGGAAGCUUCCGAAAAGACACAGAUGAGGAGAUCUCGUUCCCCUCAGUGCCCAACUUUCCAGAUAUACCGUCCGCGCCGACACAUAAGCCAAACGAUCUCCCGCCACCGCCGUCAGACGCGAAUGAUCUGAAGAAGCCCCAUGGGGACCCUCCGAAGGCUUUUCAUCCUCCAAGCCCUGAUCUUGGAUCUGAGCUCAAGCGGUCUGCCAGUACUCCAAAUGUCGCGACGCUUAUGGAUGACGACGAGAAAAUGUUUCCAGUCGCUCCCACUGAAGUGUCCAAACCUGUGCCGCCUCCAAUGCCAGAAGCCCUCCGAAAGCAUCGCGCCAACGGCAGUGGGUCCAGUGCUCAACCGACUUCUAUACCUGGCGGCAAUCCAAAGCCGGAAUCAUCUCGGCCUCUACCCACGCACUUUGAGAAGCCCAGAUUUCCACUAACAAACUCCAUCGAGCCGGACACCAUCCGCACGUAUCUCUUAAAUCCCGCUGUGGAUGUCUUAUUCUUGGAUGUCAGACCCGAGGAGGAGUACAAAAUCAGUCACGUGGGAGAAGAGUAUGAGGAGAGAGGAGCCAAGGUCACAGUGGUGUGGAUGGACCCGACAGUCCUGUGUAGAGAUGGCAUGACAUCGGCCAAGCUAGAAGAUGCUCUGUCGCUCUCCCCUGAGGUCCAGCGCAAAGCAUUCGAGAAGCGCAACAAGUACGACGUCGUUGUGGUGUAUGAUUCCAAGUCAAAGUCGUGGCCCAGAAAGGAGACUGGUUCCACGAUCCCGCCACUGGCUCGCUUAUGGGAGAUCAUCUAUGAACAAGAGUUCUCCAAGAAGCUCGAAAGGACACCUGUACUCCUCUCUGGGGGUUACGCAACUUGGGUAGAGUUCAUCAAGGGUCGAGCGGCGAAGCAUGCGGCAGAUUAUGCUAGGAUGACGGCGAUGGCUCAAGCGAAUGGACAUGGCGUGAAGUCACCAAAGCUGCCAAAUGGGUAUACUCACGAACGAUCCUCGUCUCGGCCUCUCUCUGGAGACAUGACGGCGAAGCGGGUCAAUCGAGACAUGCCCGUUUAUCAGUCAUCCCAAUAUGCCAAAAAUAUAACCGACAGUUUCGGAUACGCUCCGCAAUCAAUGACUGGAGAUUCUGCUUACCAACGCACAGCUUCUGGACGACCCUACGUCACCUCCCCUACGGCGUUACCCCUAGCCUCGCACUCUCCCUCUAAAUCUACCUCCUCUUACUCUGCCAAUCAGCCUUCUGCCAUUGCCCCGCCUCCACAAGCUUCCAUACGCCCAGGGCCAGGCAGCAGGCGGCGAAGCGACUUCGUCGAGCAUGAGAAUCAAAGUUAUCCAGGAUACGCCUCGCCACCAUCGCGCUCAUCGGUCGAUUAUCCUCAAGCCCAUGCUCUGGCGAAAGUGCCUCAACCACCUCCUCCGGCGCAGAGUCAUUCGUUCGAUAGGUAUGAUACCAGGCCUGCUGUAGUUCGAUCUGGCUCCAUCCGCGGGUUGGACCUGGUGUCGCGAGAGGGCGACGAAGUCCGAUAUUGGAAUAGCGUAGCGUUGGGUCUGACUGGGUUGAAAAACCUUGGGAACACGUGUUACAUGAACUCGACGAUUCAAUGUCUGAGCGCAACAUUCCCCUUCACCUCUUACUUCCUAGAUGGCAGCUAUAAGCGAUCAAUCAACGUGAACAACCCUUUGGGCAUGAAGGGUGCACUGGCAAACGCAUUCGCAGAGCUCCUCAAGGCCAUGUGGAAGGAAGAUUACACGUUCUUGUCCCCCGUUACCUUCAGAAAGGGAAUCAUCAAUUUUGCACAUCAAUUCUCAGGAACCGACCAACAUGAUUCUCAGGAAUUCCUCUCCUUUGUCUUGGACGGUCUCCAUGAAGACUUGAACAGGAUCAAGCAGAAACCCCCACCCAUCGAAAUGACUCCCGAGCGAGAGGCCGCGCUGGAGACGCUGCCUCCAGAAGUAGCGUCCGAGAAAGAAUGGCAGAUCUACAGGAGACGCGACGACAGCUUUAUCGUGGAUUUGUUCCAAGGGCAAUAUCGGAACAGAUUGGAAUGCCUGACUUGCCACAAGACCUCCACAACCUACGACACUUUCAUGUACCUGUCACUUCCCGUCCCGACCAACAAGAAGCACGUGAUCCUCCAAGAGUUGAUCGACGAGUUCGUCAGCUCGGAGAUGCUUGAGAAGGAUGAUGCUUGGAAUUGCCCUCGUUGCAAGGUACCUCGGACUGCAUCCAAGACUCUCACCCUAUCACGAUUGCCCCCGAUCCUUUUGAUCCAGCUCAAGCGAUUCUACACGAAGGAUGGCAUGUUCUGGAACAAGUCUGAGACGCCCGUCAUAUACCCAGUCAAUUCGAUGGACUUAACUCGUUAUCUUCCGUCUCAUCAAAUGACAGGCAAGGAGGACUUGGACGACCCUCGGACACAGAAUGCGCCAUUCAAGUAUGAUCUGUACGGCGUGACAAAUCAUAUGGGUUCUCUGAGCUCCGGUCACUAUACCUGCUACGUCAAGAGCUCGAAGGGAUGGAUGUUUUGUGAGGAUAGUCGUAUCACUCCUGCCAGAGAGAAUGACGUGGUGUCACGUCCAGCCUACAUUCUGUUUUACAAGCGCGUUAGAGUCUGAUCCCGGUGCUCAACACGGGUUACAUGUUAUCGAGGGUUUUUGCAAGGAUCCGCAAGAGAAAGCAUGCUUCAGUCGUUGUAUUAACUAAGUUGUGUAUGCAUCAGCUUUCUUGACUUG